AACUCAUCCUUUCACAUCCAUUCACACACUGAUGGUAGAGGCCGCUGUGUAAAGAGUCCAUCAGUAUUAACUCAUCCAUUCAUACACAUUUACAGACAAAGCAGUGCGAGCAACUUGGGGUUAAGUGUCUUUCCCAAGGACACAUCGGACAUGUUGCUUCAGGAGCCGGGUAUCGAACCCCUGACCUUCCCGUUGAGAGAUGACCGACUCUACCACUGACCUGCUUCUCCAUGUUUCUCUUCUCUCUUUUUUUCGACUACCGUGAUCUGUGUCUAUAUCUCUGGUUUUAAGCUUACACAUGGUUUGUGUAACAUGCAGCUGUGCUUUGUUUCUUUUCUUCCUCUACCGUUUUCUGUAAAGAAAAAAGCAACAACAUUAAACCAAUCCAUUUGCUUUGAUUACAUUUGUUUAUGUUAUUUUAUUUAAAUCCAUAUAAUAAAGAUCUGAUUGUCCAAAAUGUUAACCCUCCCCGAGCUUCAGUUUUAGAAACAUUACAUCUUCUUUCAAAAAAUACAAAAACCUUUCCCUGGCUAUAAAGAAAUUUGUAAAGAAGCGGCAGCAGGCUGGCAGUCGGGCCAAGGGUCAACAACAGAGAGGCAACAACAGCAACGGACGAGCAUCAGAAGGAUGUGUGUGUGUGUGUGUGUGUGUGUGUGUGUGUGUGUGUGUGUGUGUAUACACUCAGUGAUAGUGUGGCACCGAGGGGAGGGAAUAAACCAGACCUGCUUUUGUUCUGUCCUUAUGCAUUUUCUGAAGGGAUUUUAACAACACUAAGAAGAAAACUAAGAGAAUGAAUGGAUGUUUAAGGCAACAGAGGGAGUUUAUUAAACUUUACAUGGACUGGAAUAACAACAACACACAGAAGAAAUGGGCUUAAAGGAUUCUUCAUCUUGAGGUAACGGGAUUGUUUUGAACUAGUUUCUUGGUUAUUUCACAUUUUUAGCUACCGAGGCAAGUUCUUUGAUUGAUGUUUUGUAUUUCAGUAGACUGUUUUUACACAGUGCUAACCUAUUUUAAACACGUUUUUGUGUAGGCAUCAGUGCAAAUCUUCAUUUUUGAUCUCAGAAAUGAUCUGCACCGGCAACCUUUUGUGUAACAUUAGAGAGCUUCUUGAAGGAUAGGGUUGUGAUGUGCCAAUCACAACUGCUCUGACAAUUUGGUGGUUUUCGUCUGAGAUCAUUUGGCUUUCGUCAUCAACAUGUCAUAUUUGUGUGGACAGGUGAGCACUGAGCCUUCACUCAGCAUGACUUCAGACUCCGACCAACCACCAGCCCGAAGCGAGGUGAGGCCUCUGGUGAUGGGUGUGAUUCUGAGCGUCUCUUCUUGUUUCAUCGUCUCUACAAACCUGUUGGUGGCAGCUGCUCUACUCAAGCUUCUCCUGAAGAAGAGCAGCCAGAGCUGGUGCUUUGUCCUCAACUUGGCCCUGGCGGACACUCUGGUGGGCGUGGCCAUCACGGGUUUGGCCACUGAAGACUUAAGCGGCAACAAUCUUUCUCAGAACCGAUGGGGCCACGUCAUCACCAAUCCUCCAGCAAACGCCACGCACCACGCUGAGGGGAAGUCGAGGUGUUUGAUGCGGAUGGCCUUCCUGUUGUCGCCCUGCACGGCGUCCAUCAUGUCCAUGUUCCUCAUCUCACUUGACCGUUACGCAGCCAUCAAGAUGCCACUACGGUACACCCGGCUGUCAGGGAAGGGGACAGCAGCCGGGUUCCUGCUGGCUCUGUGGAUCAGCGCCUUCACAUUGGGAUUUUUGCCAGUUAUGGUGCGGCAGCUGCAGACCGACGGCUACAACGGCUUCUGUGCCUUCUUCUCAGUGAUUCACCAGGUGGGCAUGGUGGUGUUGAUCAGCGUCUGCUUCUUCCCCAUGUUCUCUGGGUUUGUUUACAUGUACCUGGACAUCCUGAAGAUCUCCUGCACCCACCAGAAGCAGAUCUUACAGAUAAGGAAAGCCGGUUCCAGGACGGCCGAGCACGAUCGCCAUCGACAUCAAGAGCGUCAUCACCAGCAUCAGCAGACGUGGAUGUGCUUAAUGGGCCACGUCAAGGCCUUGAGGACGGUCGCGGUGCUCGUUGGCUGCUUCUUAUUGCUCUGGUGCCCGUUCUUUGUGGCGUGUCUCGUGCACCUGCUGUGUAAAAGCUGCAAAGUUACUGACGUGUUAGAGAAUUAUCUGUGGCUCUUAGGACUGUCCAACUCUCUGAUCAAUCCCCUGGUUUACGCCUACUGCCAGAAGGAUGUGCGGCUACAGCUAGCGGCCAUGUUUUCCUGCUUCACAGGAAGGUCAUGCGAAGCAGGACCACAACAUGUUACAGAAAGAUGUAACCCGCUGCCACCUGCUCUGACUGGAGCUGCUGUUUCUGGUGCUGAUAUCAUUGAUCCUUCACAAUUAAAGCCAAUCGUUACCAAUGAGAUGGUCCACACAGUUUAACUACAUCCGCCCGGACAAGUCGUUGAGAAAAACUGGGAAACCACAGAAACUGUAAGAAUGAAUAGCAAAUACUGACAGCACCAUUUUGCAUCAAUUGCCAACGCUUACUGCCAACGCAAUCCAGCCCCAUUAAGAUAUAUGGAUACAGUGACUUUGACUUUCCUCUCCUUCUAUAUUUUCAAUAUUGUUUGAAGUCCGAGGACUUUCUGUUGAUGUGAGCAAGAAAAAGCAGCAAAUGUAAUGGGCCCUUCACCUGUCCUGGGCCCUCCACCUGUCCUGGGCCCUCCACCUGUCCUGGGCCCUACACCUGUCAUGGGGCCUCUAAGGUAGAAACUUCAAGCAUAUAUUGAG